CAACCACCAGCAUCACCAUCACCACCAUCCAACACCCUAAGCAACCCCACCUUUCCUACAUAACAAUAUCUAUUCAAAAAAGUAAACAAACAAACAGAAACAUGGCAUUCACAGACUUCGCCCAAACCAUCCACGACCUCAACCCCCUCCUCCAACGCACCGAUGCCGACCCCCGCCCCGUAGUCCUCAUGACAUGCGGCCUCGCAGGCGCCGGAAAAACAACCCUAGGCCGCGCCGUCCUCGCCCAACACCCACACUUCACGCGCAUCUCCAUCGACGCCAUCAUCGGGUCCCGCCACGGCAUCUACGGGCGCGACUACGAUGCCGACCCGGCGCUGUACGACGCGUACAUGGAGGAGGCGGACGGGAUCUACCUCGCGGAAUUUGAGCGGCUGCUCGCGGAGGGGAGGGACGUGUUGUUGGAGCGGUCGUUCUAUGCUAGGGAGGAUCGGGAGGAGUUUAGGGGGUUGGCGGAGGGGAAGGGGGCGAGGGUCGUGUUGGUGUUUUUGAAGGCGGAGGGCGAGGAGGGGAAGGAGAGGCUGUGGGAGAGGAUUGGGAGGAGGAGUGAGGGGGUGAGGACGGCGGAUUCGGCGCUCGAGAUUAGUAGGGAGGUGUUUGAUGGGUAUUGGGCUGGGUUUGAGGAUCCUGUGGGUGAGGGUGAGGUUGUGGUCAAGGUCGCGUGAGAGAAAUGUGGAGGUUGGUGAUUGUUUAUGUUUGAUCGUGUUUUUAUUACUUUAAUUACAUCAUGGCAUACCCAUCUCCAUACUUACAACGUAGCUGUGCUACAAGUAGGAGGUUCGUAGCUUUUCGUAGUAUUGUGUGAUUUCCACAAUAUUUAUCCUAAUGUUAC